AUGCGCAAGAUCCUCCCUCCAAAGGCCAAGCUCUCAAAGGAGGCAAAAGAGACCAUGCAAGAAUGUGUUUCAGAGUUCAUCAGUUUUGUCACUGCAGAGGCUUCUCACCAGUGUCAAAAGGACUAUAGGAAGACACUCACUGGUGAAGAUCUCAUAUGGGCGAUGGCUUCUCUUGGAUUGGAAGGUUAUGCAGAGGCUCUAGAAAAUUAUCUCCAGAGGUACAGAAGAGGUAAAGCUGAGAUGAAGUUAUUCACAAAACCUGGAUUCUUAGAUCACUCCUCUCCUGAAAACAACGAGAGGGAUGCAAGAGAAGACCCACAUCAGAAUCAUUUUCAUGAAAAGUGGGCAGCCAGUUAA